AUGAGCAACUCAACUGGUGAAGAUUUGAUCAUCCACUGUGAAGAUGAGCAGCAACAGAAUGAUGAGGAUGACUACUAUGAUCUUGAUGACUAUGAAAUUGAUGAGUCCUACUAUUUCUAUGUCAUCAAUGCAAUACUAAGUGGCACUGCUAGGCUCAAUGUUCUCUUGCCCACAGUGACCAUCCUUGCCUUCACCAUUUUUGCACCUCUUCUCACAGAUGAUGGUGAAUGCAACACAUUCAACCGUUGGUUGAUGGGAACCUUUUUGGCCCUUUUGGCAGUGUCAUGUGUUUUCUUCACCUUAACUGACAGCUUCAGAAGUGCCACUGGAAGGUUGUAUUAUGGAGUGGCAACAUUGAGAGGGAUAUGGACUUUCAAUGGGGGCAAGAAGAAGCCUAGUGUGCCAUCAGAUUAUAGACUAAGAUGGAGUGAUCUUUUCUAUGCAUCAUUGUCUUUGGUCUCUUUUCUUGCUUUUGCAGGGUUGCAUCAAGAUGUUGUCAAGUGUUACUACCCAGCAUUGCCAAGAAAGGUGACCAACACUCUCCCUCUUGUGGUUGGUUUCUUUGUGAGUGUCUUGUUUGUUGUGUUUCCAUCCAAGAGAAGAGGAAUUGGAUACCCCUUCUUGCUGCAGAGAGAUCCUUUCUACUCUAGACCUUGA